AUCUGUAACGGAGAAUUGAAAAGGAUUUCUAUUGUAACCUUGUAUCGAAUCGCCAAUCGAAACCCUAGAUCUCAUCGGAGAUUCCCAAUUCUCUAGGGUUUUCGAGAUGGAGAUCCUCAACAAGGUGAGGAAUUUGGACGCGUACCCAAAAAUAAACGAGGAUUUCUACAGCAGAACGCUCUCAGGAGGUCUCAUCACCAUCAUCUCCACCAUCGUCAUGAUCUUCCUCUUCAUCUCCGAGAUCAGGUUGUUUCUUUAUUCAGGUCCUGAGAGCAAGCUGGUAGUGGAUACGUCAAGAGGAGAAAAACUAAGAGUCAAUUUCGAUGUUACCUUCCCAUCACUUGCUUGUUCGCUCCUUAGUGUUGAUGCUAUGGAUAUCAGUGGUGAGCGGCAUUACAAUAUAAGGCAUGAUAUACUAAAGAAAAGAUUAGAUCAACACGGAAAUGUGAUUGCAUCAUUGCAAGAUGGUAUUGGUGCACCAAAGAUUGAAAGGCCUUUACAGAAGCAUGGGGGGAGGCUUGACCACAAUGAGACCUACUGUGGCUCUUGUUAUGGUGCAGAAGAAUCGGAGCAUGAUUGCUGUAACUCCUGUGAAGAAGUUCGUGAAGCAUACCAAAAGAAACAUUGGGGUCUACCAAACUUGGAAAUGAUUGACCAGUGUAAGAGGGAGGGCUACAUCCAAAAGGUUAAAGAUGAAGAGGGUGAAGGUUGCAAUAUCAAUGGCUUCUUGGAAGUGAAUAAAGUAGCUGGAAGUAUACAUUUUGCCCCUGGAAAAAGCUUCCACCAAUUUAACAUUCAUAUUUUUGACAUAUUUUCCUUCCAAAGAGAAUAUAAUAUAAGUCACAAAAUAAAUAAGUUAUCCUUUGGCAAGGACUUUCCAGGUGUUGUAAAUCCACUCGAUGGUGCACAGUGGACGCAAGGCAUAUCAUCUGGGAUGUAUCAGUAUUUUGUCAAGGUUGUUCCUACAAUCUACAAUGACAUAACUGGACACAAGACUCACACAAACCAGUUUUCAGUGACAGAACACUUCAGGGAAGGAGAUAUCUAUCCUAAACCUGUUCCUGGAGUAUUAAUCAUUUAUGAUUUCUCACCAAUCAAGGUUAUCUUUACGGAAGAAAACAGAUCUCUCCUGCACUUUCUGACACAUAUUUGCGCCAUAAUUGGAGGAGUUUUCACAGUAGCUGGAAUCAUUGAUACUAUCUUUUAUCAUGGCCACCAAGCAAUCAAAAAGAAAAUGGCGCUUGGCAAGCUUGGGUGACGAUAAUGUUUGUGACUGGUUUUUAAAUUUUGGGCCUCAGAGGGGAAACUAUUGUUCGCUAGAAGAUUUAUCGUCUUUGUAUUGAAUUUGACGCUAUGGAAUCUGAAAUCUGAAAUCGGAAGGUUUUUGAGGCUUGGGGAAAAUCCUCAAUGUUCUUCAGUGUAUUGAACUAUAGAUUUUGAAAUAUGACAGUGAUACAUUCUGAUAAGGCAAUAGAUGAUUAAAGUAGAUGUGGCAGAAAGCUUCUCGCAAA